UGUGGAAGAUCAGGGGAGAAAAUAACAAUGAGUAAAGUAAAUAUCCAGAGUUUACGGAAUAAACUCAAUAGACUGGGUAAUUCGGAUACUGGAACAUUGGAAAUAAAAGAUCCCAAAGAAUGGAUUGACUUGAUUCAAAGUCGAGGUAACAAGCCAAAAGACUGGUUGGAUUUCAUGCGGUAUAUGACAACAAAGGCCCAUUCUUCUGACGAGUUCAAACAUCAUAAUUACUUGUCAGAUUUGUACGAGACAGCAUUUGAUAAAAUUCCAAGGGAUGGAAACAAGGGAAAUAUUUUCUAUGGCGCUCUCUUUGUGGAGUUUGCACAAAUGAAAAGCAAGUUUCAGCCCGAUGAAGCUGAUGAUCUUUUUAACUGUGCCAGAAGAGUUGUUAGGAAGUUAGCUAUUGUACAUAUAGCUCAUGCCGAGUACGAGUUAUCUAAAGGUAAUGUGGGUAAGAGUCGUAAGAUUCUGGAGAAGGCACGGCAGUUUGAAGCCGAACCUGAUCAUCUUCUGACGGAAGCUUUCCAGAGACUGGACGCCGGCCAGACAAACUUACAGACCUCAAGUAUCUUGGCUGAGUGUGCUACAGUUUCUGGUAACAAGAGCAGCACCAGCAGUACGGAGUCGACAGGGGACCUUCGUAACCUGACAGGUAACCUGACCAGUAGUAGCCUCACAGGGGGACUGACCAGCUCCAACCUGACCGGGGGCGUGUUCAGACCCAGUCAUGUGGGGAGUAAGGCCGACCUCUCCCUCUCCACACCCGCUGUCUCCCGGACAGACACAGAGACACCUGUCUGCCACCCACACAACUUCAAGAAGCCUGAAUGUAUUCCAAUGGACCAUGAGGUGGAGAUGGAUACAGCCCCCAUCAGUCACCGACUAACCUCCCACCCCUACCCCUCCAAACUGUCCAUGUGCAAACCAGCCAUGCGGAAAGCUCACAGCACCCCAGAACUACGAGGGGCUUCCUCCUCCAAAGCCAUGUUAAAGCCAAAGACCUGUCUGCUGCCACAGCGGGUAAAGAAGCUCAAUCUUCCGUUCAGUGAGUUGUCAGAGAAAGAGGAGGAUGAGGAUGCAGAAAACGGGUUUCCUAGUUUUACCCCGCUCGACGGACACUCCUUCACUGGUUUGAUGGGGUCCCAGGCCCACACUUCUGGUUACAUGACCAUGACAAACUCUUACACCACACCCCACAGAAAGGAUGUCUCCCCCCUCAAGGAGGUACCUCAUAGGGAGCCACUCAAACCUAUUCAGAAUGAGCCAAGACCUAACAUGGAAAUGGAUCCGGUGGUAAAAACUUCAGAGGAAAAGGGGCCACCCCUGACUGUGCCCUCACCAAAAUCUGUGACGCCACCUGUAAAACCAUUAGUGACAGAGCCACCUAAAAAUGUGAUCCCUCCAAAACAAAAGUCACCCACUGUGGAACCACUGAAAAAAGUUACAGAAGUGAAGCCAUCCCAGACUGAGAACGAAAGUCUUAGGAAUAAUCCAAUUGGACAAGAAACUGUCAAAAAGACUUCACCAAAGGUACCCACUAUGGAGACUAUGUAUGUGAAUGGGAAGCUGUACCAGGUGUUACAAUGUGUGGGUCACGGCGGCUCCAGCAAGGUGUACACAGUGAUUGACCACUCUGGACAGAAUCCUCAGAUCCUCGCCCUCAAGGUCGUCAGACUGGAAGACCAGAACAAACAAAUCAUCGAGGGCUACAAGAAUGAGAUCCAGCUCCUCAAACGACUACAGUACUGCCCAAAAGUUAUCACUCUACAUGACUUUGAGUAUAAAGAGUCUGAGGAUCUGCUGUACAUCUUGAUGGAGUGUGGGGAGCUGGACUUUGAUAAAUAUCUGAAAGACACCAUCAAACAGGAGGGACACCUGUCACCUCUGUACAUCAAGUUCUACUGGCACUCCAUGCUGCAGGCAGUAGGAGCUCUUCAUAAAGAAGGAAUUAUUCAUUCUGAUCUUAAGCCCUCUAAUUUUCUCCUUCGCCAUGGUAACUUGAAGCUGAUAGACUUUGGGAUAUCUAAGGCCAUCCAGCAGGAUAAGACCAGUAUAAUCACAGACACACAGGUGGGGACCCUCAACUACAUGUCCCCAGAGAGUAUCAGAGAGCAUUGUGGGUACACGGACGAUGACUCGCACAAGCCAGUCUUCAAGAUCAACGUGAAGUCUGAUGUCUGGUCCCUGGGUUGUAUUCUUUACUGUAUGGUGUACGGACACACACCUUUUCAGAAAGUGGUUCGGCAGAUCGCUAAACUCCACGCAAUCAUCAACCCGGAGUACGAAAUCAAGUUCCCCGAGAUUCAGGACAAGAAAUUAAUGGAUGUCAUGAAGAAAUGUCUUAACCGUGAUCCAAAGGAGAGACCAAGCAUAGAGGAACUGUUAAAACAUGAAUAUCUUCACUCACUCUGAGGUGCAUUAACCCAUGAUUCUGUGUAUAAUUGAUAAUAAACUGAAGAUCUCAGCAAGUCAGAGGCCCAGUCACAAGUCAUCAAGUCACAAGUCAUUGAGCAUGUUGAGUCAUUUUGAAGCCAUGUUCCUGUAGUCUUUUAUGUGUGAUUUCUCACCAUGAUGUGGAGCUAUAUUAGGAGGUCCAGAAGAAGAGUCCAGUCUAUGCCUGUAUUUACCUGAUGCUUAUUGGAUAGCUUUAAGUCCACUGUUAAAACUGGAGGGGCAAAGGGAGUGUGCCCCCGUCCCCCAGCUUGCCAUGUAUAUAUAAUUGUACAUGUAUUGAGUUUAUCAUGCAGCAAGUGUGCUAUCUCACCUCAUACAUAUAAUAAUCUUAGUGUUCACACUAAACAUUGUUAUUCAUCAGGCUAUUUGUUAUUUUCUUGUGUAUUUUAUUCAUUGUUUAAUAACUUAUUGUAAUAGAGCUUAUGUUUGGAAAUUCUAACUAUGCUUUUUAAUUAUAUUGCUUUAUUUUGUUACAUAGGUCAGAAAUUCAUCUAAAAGAUGAAUUAUGAAAGAGAGCCAAUGUAUUGAGAUCAUUUUCAACUGUGUAAUCAUUCAUACACAAUAGAGAAACUUGUCGUAGUGCUGAAAUGUAUAUAUAUUUUAUUCACUCCAUUCAAAUUCCUGCAAAUGGUUUGCAGAUGGUUGUUGCAAUACCACAUACCAGGUAUAUUUUAUACCACCGAUCAUGAAUAUGGGACUAGAAUAUAACAAGUACCAGAAACUUUGUUUAUAACAUGUUAAGUAUCCUAACACAUCAUAUUAUAUCAAAACUUAAUUUGCUGUCAUGAGUUACAUUGUACAUAUACAUGUAUAUACUUUUCUUAUAGAUUUUUUAGACAUGCCUUAGAUAAUAAUAAUUAAUUUACCUUCAUUUAAUUGGUUACCUACACUGUAGGAUUAUACACUCUUGACUGGUAUUAAACUGUCUAUAUGCAGAAUUUGUGGAGGAGCUUUAGUUUACUGAAUAGGGAAAGAUUAAUUGUUUGGAUAUGUCAAUAAUUUCAUACAGUUUUGCUUUUGAGUACAUGUACAUGUAAAGGCUGAUUAAGAAUUAAUAUAUAUUUUGUUUAAGAAGUCAGCUUUUUUCACAUAUAUCUGAACUGAACGAGUAAUGGGAUGUAAACAUUUAUGUUUAAUUUCAUUGGUUAUAAAUCAACCAGAAAUAAAACUCAUCAAAGAAA